AUGGCUGUUGAAAAUGGUCACCCAGAUGGGCUGUACAGUUAUUCAUUAGAGAAUCGGGUCUUGCAUAAUAUAAGGUUGUGGGCCAAGCCAGUUUGGGCCAUUAAAUUAACUGGAUGCCCCUCUGAGAAAGAACAGAGACAAUGCCACAUGCAACCUUGGCAGGUGAUAAUCACAAUGUUACUCCGUGUGGGUCCUGUGGAGUUCUUAUACUACUGGCUUCACAGAGCAUUGCACCACCAUUAUCUCUACUCUCGCUACCACUCUCACCACCAUUCCUCCAUUGUCACUCAGCCCAUCACCUGUAAGCAACCAGAUACAUUGUUGAAUGGGACAGUAUCCAUGACCUCAUUUUGUGGUUAUUUGUUAUUCCUUGAUUUCAUGAACUAUAUGGGUCACUGUAAUUUCGAGUUAUUCCCAAAAUGGCUCUUCUCCAUUUUCCCUCCUAUCAAAUACCUCAUCUACACUCCCUCAUUUCAUUCCUUGCAUCACUCUCAAUUUCGGACAAAUUACUCUCUCUUCAUGCCAAUCUACGAUUACGUAUACAAUACCAUGGACAAGUCCACGGAUUCCCAAACACUUUUAUAUGGGCCUUGUGGCCACUCACCAUAUGGUCCAAGGCCUUGUCUUGGUUCUAUGGCAAUGUACUAUGUUCCAAGGAAAAGAGAAGCGAUAAAUGAAUCAAUUGAGGAAGCCACAGUAGAAGCCGAGGAAAGACCUUUUUUUUCUGCCCUGGCUCUUGCCCUCCGCCAAAGUGGUAUCCAGAGGAUCUUAUUUGAGGUGCAGUCUCUUUUUCUUCUUCUAAUAUGUAUGUAUUUAUGUACUCUUUGCAUGGUUUGGCUGAUUGGGGAUGGAGUAGCAGACAAAGAACAGCUCAAGGCACCUAAAGGAACAUUAUUCAUUCCCUUCUCACAAUUUCCUCCAAAGAGAAUGCGCAAUGAUUGCUUCUAUCAUCACACACCGGCAAUGCUGGCUCCUAAAUCUUUUCAGAACAUCACGACUCUUGUGAGGUGA